AUGAUGUACCAGCUGGCUUUGUUGUCCCAGGACGAUGUCAUGUCGUGGGAUGUCACCAACGUGGGGGUAUGCCACUGGCAUACGACGACACCCGCAUUGAAACUGCGAUGCCACCGUGAACCAGCUCGUGAGAAUCCCCACGAAGCAUUGCUGGCGCGAUGCCAAGGAACGGAUGUCGACAACGGCGCCGUGUAUCUGAAAGCAAUCUUACGACUCGUAGACUGGGCGCGAUGGCAGGUGCAAAUGGGGCCGCUGUUCGGUGCCGUGAUUGUCCCGGGGCUUCAGCCAUUGGACAUGUGCGGGCGUCAACCGUCGUGA